AUGGGUUUAGGAGUAUUUGGAUCUGUUCUGGUUUUGACAUUUUUGUUCAAGCAUUUAGCUUCUCAGCAACCAAACACUGAUGAGUUUUUUGUAUCUGAGUUUUUGAAGAAAAUGGGUUUACCAUCAUCCUCAAAAGUUUAUGACUUUUCAUCUUCUGUUUGUUCAUGGAAAGGUGUUUUCUGUGAUGCAAAUAAACAACAUGUUAUUGAGUUGAGUUUUUCUGGUAUUGGACUCACUGGUCCUAUUCCUGAAACAACGUUAGGAAAACUCAACAGUCUUCAAUCUUUGGAUCUCAGCAGAAACAAAAUCACUGCUUUGCCUUCUGAUUUUUGGAGUUUAACCUCUCUCAAGAGGCUUAACCUUUCUUACAAUCAGAUUUCUGGUUCUUUGACUAACAACAUUGGAAACUUUGGUUUACUUGAAACCAUUGAUUUGUCAAAAAACAGUUUCUCUGAGGAAAUUCCUGAAGCUUUGAGUUCUCUUAUGAGUUUGAAAGUUCUCAAACUUGCACAUAACAUGUUUGUUAAAAGUAUUCCCUCAGGGAUUCUCAAGUGUCAGUCUUUAGUUUCAGUUGAUCUUUCAUCAAAUCAGUUGAAUGGAACACUUCCACAUGGUUUUGGUGAUGCUUUUCCUAAUCUUAGGACAUUGAACCUUGCUGAGAAUGAUAUCUUUGGUGGUGUCUCAGAUUUUUCAGGGUUGAAGUCUAUUGUGAGUCUUAACAUAUCAGGAAAUUCAUUUCAGGGUUCUGUUACAGAUGUUUUUGUGUUGAAGUUGGAGGUUUUGGACCUUAGCAGAAACCAAUUUCAAGGUCACGUUUCUCAGGUAAACUACUACAAUUGGUCUCAUUUAGUUUAUCUUGAUUUGUCAGAGAAUCAGCUUAGUGGUGAAAUUUUUCAAAACUUUAACGGUUCGCCGAAUUUAAAGCACCUUAAUCUUGCAUGCAAUAGAUUUACAACACAGAAAUUCCCACAGAUUGAAAUGCUAUUAGGAUUGGAAUAUCUGAACUUGUCGAAAACUAAUCUUGUUGGUCACAUUCCCGACGAAAUCUCGCAACUUGGUAAUUUGAAUGCACUUGAUCUUUCUAUGAAUCAUCUUGAUGGGAGGAUUCCCUUACUUGUGAAUAAACACCUCCAAGUUAUUGACCUUUCGCACAACAAUUUGAGUGGACCGGUCCCUCAAAUUGUCUUAAAGAAUCUGCCAAAGAUGAAGAAUUACAACUUCUCUUACAAUAACUUAACCCUCUGUGCUUCAGAAAUCAGACCUGAGAUCCUUCAAACAUAUUUCUACGGGUCGGUUAACAGUUGUCCAAUUGCUGCGAAUCCGGGUCUUUUCAAAAGAAGAAGAAGAGACACUAAUCACAAGGGAAUGAAGCUAGCUCUUGCAUUAACCCUCUCAAUGAUAUUAGCACUUGCCGGUGUUUUGUUUCUAGCAUUUGGAUGCAGAAGGAAACAGAAAAUGUGGGAAGUGAAACAAAGUUCAUACAGAGAAGAACAGAAUGUCUCCGGUCCAUUUUCGUUCCAAACUGAUUCAACAACGUGGGUUGCUGAUGUCAAACAAGCAACAUCAGUUCCAGUAGUAAUCUUCGAGAAGCCGUUGUUGAAUAUAACUUUUGCAGACCUCUUAUCUGCAACUUCGAAUUUCGAUAGAGGUACCCUUUUGGCUGAAGGAAAGUUUGGACCUGUUUAUAGAGGCUUUCUACCUGGAAAUAUUCAUGUAGCAGUAAAAGUUUUGGCUGUUGGUUCUACAUUAACAGAUGAAGAGGCCGCAAGAGAGCUCGAGUUUCUCGGUAGAAUCAAGCACCCUAAUCUAGUUCCUUUAACCGGUUAUUGUUUAGCUGGUGAUCAAAGGAUUGCUAUAUAUGAUUACAUGGAGAAUGGAAACUUGCAAAAUCUUCUAUAUGAUUUGCCGCUUGGGGUUCAAAGCACGGAUGAUUGGAGCACCGACACAUGGGAAGAAGCUGCUGACACUAAUGGAAUUCAGAAUGUUGGUUCUGAAGGAUUACUCACAACUUGGAGAUUUCGACACAAAAUCGCGCUUGGAACUGCCAGAGCAUUGGCAUUUCUGCAUCAUGGGUGCUCUCCUCCAAUAACUCAUAGAGCUGUCAAAGCUAGCAGCGUUUAUUUGGAUUACGAUCUGGAGCCAAGGUUGUCUGACUUUGGUCUUGCCAAGAUUUUCGGAAGUGGUUUAGACGAAGAGAUUGCCCGUGGUUCGCCCGGUUAUGUUCCGCCAGAGUUUUCUCUACCAGAAUUUGAGUCACCAACGCCGAAAUCUGAUGUAUAUUGUUUUGGUGUUGUUCUGUUUGAGCUAUUAACCGGAAAGAAACCGGUUGAAGAUGAUUAUAGUGACGACAAAGAAGCAACGAGUUUGGUAAGUUGGGCUAGAGGACUUGUAAGGAAGAAUCAAACUUCAAGAGCCAUCGAUCCGAAAAUUCGUGAUACGGGCUUGGACGAACAAAUGGAGGAGGCUAUAAAGAUUGGAUAUCUAUGCACAGCUGAUUUACCUUUCAAGAGACCAACCAUGCAGCAGAUAGUUGGACUUCUAAAGGAUAUUGAACCUACAACUAACUAG